CAGAUUACGUAGUUGAUGUAGUGUGCUGAACGUCUGAAGUGACAAAUAGGAAUGAAAUAUAAUACCAAAAUAAUAAAAUAAUUAUUUAUGUAAACUUCUUUGAGCAGGAUGCACCAACUGCUAAUAUUUGCUAUUCUCUUGUCGACUGCAUAUGGUCAUUAUCUGACUGUUAAUCACCAUGUUGAGACUGGACAAGUGUUAAGUGGAAAUAUUAAUUCUGGGUUGGACAUAGCACAUCACCCACCUUUGACGGCCUAUGGCAGCCUUAUCAGACAAGUAAAACCUGGAAAACCUGACGGCACUGGGGAUAUCUUUCACUUGGCACCAUACUUCGGAUAUUCUGUAUUGAGUGAACCAAAUCACGUGUACAAAUUUGGAAGUUUUUUCGGUGGGAGAAGAAACAACCACAAGGAUUACUGAACAUUGUCAGACAGAAUUGGUGCCAAGCAUAAAUAAUUAAAAAAAACCUUUACUGA